GCGCACCGCGCCGCGUGCCAGCCGGCGGCGGCGACGAUUAGGAGGGCGCGCCUGGCGAGGCGCGGCGCGGCGCGCGGGGCCACCUCCGGGACGGCGCCCGCGCCCGCGACCGAAGAGACGCGCGCGACCACGGCUACGUCGGCCAAAGCAGCUGCGGUGGCGUCGGCACGAGAGUGGGCGCGGGACCGCCGGGCGGAGUCAGCCGGGGCGGCGCGACCGGUCGUCGAGGCGAAGCCGCGAGACGGUAUGGACGAGCGGUCGCAAGCGGCAAAGACGGAGCUCGCGGACGACGCGGCCGCGCGGCGCGAGGCGCGGAAGAACAAAAAGAUCGACGCUCUUGCGGCGGCGGCGGCGGCGGUCGACAAUGCGCCGAGGCCGGCGCAGCUGGGGGGUCUGGCGCGCCUCCGGCCGGCGCGGUCGCUCGGCCAUCAGUACGCCCGAUGGGAUGCCCUGAGCGACUCCGGCUCAGACGACGACGGUGGCGGCGGUGCGGCCGGCGCGGCGGCGCUGCCCCUCGCGGGCCGCUACGGCAGAUGGAACGGGUUCGACAGCGUCGACGAGUCCGACGACGCGCCCGACGAUCGGGACCGCCGGUGGUGCGCGCGUCAUCACCGGAGCCACUACGGCGCCUGUCCCCAGUGCGUCAACCCGAGCCGCCGGCCGUCACAGCCGACGCCGGCCCCGUACGUCCCCAGAAGCCCGCGGCUCCGCGAUCCGGACGACGUCGACGCGGCGAUGGACGACUUCGAGAAGAAGAUCGCCGAGUCCAAGCGCGCCAAAGACGUCCUUCGCCAGCUCAAGGCCACGAUCGACGGCGUCCCCGACGCGGAGGUCGACGUCGCCUCGUGCCUUUCUGCCAUCAAGACAGCCGCCGCCUACUCGCCGCCCGAGUCGUCCUUGAACGAACUUCUCCGCGGCACCGACCCCGCCGAGUCAAAGUAG